AAAUUUUCCCAAAAAAAAAAAGCUGUACAAUAAUUUUUAAUUUACAGGCUCCGUCUCCUCGUCUUGGAGCUCUAUUUUCAUUGUAGAUCUAGUGAGGGUUUAACCCAUCGCCGGAGAAUCUUUUUUCUUUUUCACGGAGUUCCACUGUCUGAAUGCGGCUCGCCACCUCGAAAUUGCUUGAUUCAGGCAUGAUUUCGAGCUGCGUGAUGCGAUGCUUCGAGCUGGUUUUUGAUUUCUAGAAGGCUUUAUCAUUUUCUUUGUUUAAUUGAAGUGAAAUGCCUUCUCUUCUACCGCGAUCUUCCUCGAGUAAGGAGCUUAGAAAUGGGGAUGGGAACGGCGGCGGCAGGUCGCACCUGUUCUUGAACGUGUAUGACCUCACUCCUAUCAACAAUUACCUCUAUUGGUUUGGGCUAGGAAUUUUCCACUCUGGAAUCGAAGCUCAUGGAAUGGAGUAUGGCUUUGGUGCCCAUGAAUACCCAACAAGUGGAGUAUUUGAAGUAGAACCCAAAAGCUGCCCUGGUUUUGUUUUUCGACGUUCUGUGUGGUUGGGCGCUACAGAUAUGUCCCGUACUGAGUUCCGCAUGUUCAUGGAACAGAUUUCUGGGAAGUACCAUGGUGAUUCCUACCAUUUGAUUGCCAAAAACUGUAAUCAUUUUACUGAUGAUGUUUGUACGCGUUUGACUGGAAAGCCAAUUCCAGGAUGGGUAAAUCGGCUUGCCAGACUAGCUUCAGGUUCUUUUUGCAACUGUCUUCUGCCUGAAAACAUUCAGGUUUCAGCUGUCAGACAUUUACCAGAUCAUCCAGCAUUAUCUGAAGAUGGAUCAGAGUCAUUUGCUUCAACCUUGGAGGAGAGUGACGAUGAAGCAUCAGAUCAUUGUCUGCUAGCAGCGCCCAUUAGCGAUCCAACGCAUUCAAGAGAAAAAGCAUUAAAACUGGCCAAAGAUAACAUGUGACGCCUUCAUUUCACAUAAUCACACAGUUCUCUUCUUCUUAAUUUCGGAUCCUUGUUCUUUCCUUAAAGCUGGCAAGUGAUGUGAAGGAGCCUACCUGCAGUUGUUAUAGAAUUGCAAAUUUCUGAAAGCAUUUGUAGUAAUUUGAAGUUGGAGAACUGACCUUUUCAUUUAUUAUGCUUUUCUUUCCAAGUUUUCCAAAUGUAAAGGUUUGAAAUCUAAAGGAAUCUGAGCAUAAAUGUUGGAGAGGCUAAGGUUGUGUUAUUUGAUAGUAAAAAAAAAAUGAAUUUGCUGUUAUUUGUAAUUCGAAGUCUGAGUGGAAGACAGGUUUGGUACUCUCAAAGCUUUGAGUGUAAUGUGAAUGGUGCUGUGGGCUUUACUGCUCUACUGUGGUUUGGAAGAUUAUAUAUACUACAUCAGAUUCUGCAAAA